AUGUCGAAGGAUCCCAAUCUAUUUGAUGCAAUUGUCUAUGAUUGCAAACUUCCUGAUGAUCAGCAGAAAGCUAUAGUGCAGAUGGGAAUGGAGGCCUUAGAGGAGACAACUGAGCUGGAUCAUAUUUGCAAAUAUGUUAAACACCAAAUGGAGCUCAAGUAUGGCAAUGGUUGGUGUUGCAUAUGUGGGAGUCAGUUUUCCACAUGCGUAGCCUGCGUUGAUGAGGACUUCAUGCACUUCCACCUCGGCUAUGUGGACUUUGUAAUAUUCCGAGUUUAA